AUGGUCACAAAAAUUGGAGAGAUUAGCACUGCGUAUCGUUUGCCACUUCGGAUACUUGUGGCACUGUUGAUAGUGGGGUCGUUGGUUGCACUGUGGUACUACGCAUUCCAAACGCCCUUCCGAAAACUUGUCUCCUCAAUGGUUGCAUUUAGCGCGGCUGACAUCGGUGGCUAUGAAAAGGGCGUGGCCCUCGCCUUCUUCGGAUCCAUUGAUUCACCCGAGCAUAAGAAUUGUCGCCUCUAUCGGGAUCGUUUUCCUAUCAAACGAGAUCGUGAUGGUGUCAUAGACAUUGCUGUCACCAUAGCAGUUUACGAUGACAUACGACCAGUGGCUCGAAUCAUGCGAAUGAUCUACCGCACGAACAACUACUACUGCAUCCACUUGAAUCGGGACGCUGACCACGCUCUCCAAGCGGCGAUGAAGGGCUUAAUUACCUGUUUCGAUAACAAUGUUGAGUUGGUUCCCACAAAUUCCAGCAUCGCACUUAUACGUAGUGGCGAAGGCGUUCUAAAGGCACAUUUAGCCUGUGCCGAACAAGCCUUACGUCGCAAUGGCAAGUGGAAAUACUUAAUCAACAUCGACGACGAUGAAUUUCCCCUAAGAACGAAUUUGGAAACUGUGUCCAUCUUGCAAGCUCUGAAUGGAGCCAAUCUAGUGGAGUCCUUUUCAACGCCUAGCCGCGAUUCGUUGGUGGGAAACAAAAGUCUGCCCUUGGAGGUGAGUCGGUUUGUUGCUUAUCCUGCUUUUCACCUUGCCGACAAGUUAACAAUCCCUAUUUUGUGA